AUGGCGGAAACAGCUUUUGCCAAGACGUUUCUCACCACGCUCUCCGGACGCCCAGCCGUGCUCUCGCCGGACCACGUCGAAGAUGCACGCAACUUUCCCUCCCGACCGCCUUACAUUCUUCCGCGCAUGCCCACCGAGAUGAGCAAGCCCCGCGGCCGGGCUGCCGCCGCCCCGGGUCAGGAGCGCAGCGUGACCGUGACGCUCCGCUCCCUGCGCAACCCGCCCCUCGACAUCACUCUCGCCGCGCAGGCCCUCGACACGUCUCUCCUGGAUGUCAAGCAGGCGGCGGCGGCGCGCGCGCGCAUCCCCGCGGACAAGCUCAAGAUUCUGCACAAUAAGCGGCCGGUGCCCGACAGCAAGAUUCUGCGAGACGUGGUUGGUGAGGGGCAGGCGACGGUCGUCGAAUUUAGCGUCAUGGUUAUCGGAGGCGCGGCUGCGAUACUGCCAGAGGAGACCAUGGAUGUGGAUGGUGAUGCCGGGGAGGGGGCCGCCGCGGCGAAGAGGAGGAGGGCGGAAAAGGGCGAGGCGGCGGUGGAGCAGGACAGGUUCUGGGAGGACCUGAAUGGAUUUUUGAUGCAGAGGGUCAAGGAUGAGGACACGGCAGCAGAGCUGACGACAGUGUUCAAGAAUGCGUGGGAGGCGCACAAGGUAAAGCCAUAG